AUGGGCAAAACAGGUCGUCAUCGAAAGAUUUCCUUCUUUUCUCUUCAGACUGCACAAAACUCUGAAUUGAAAAAGGAAUGGUUUUGGAAACAGGGUGGAAGAAUCAAGUCAUGGAAAAAACGUCUCUUUGUCAUUUUCGAAAAUACUCUCUACUACUAUGCCUCUGAACAAGAUAAGGAACCAAAAGGUGCCAUCAUCUUGAAAGAUUCCUCCGUUGAAAUUUGCAAUCCUGAAGACACUCUCAAAAAUGGAAAAAAACCACCUUCCGAAAAUGGACAAUCUGAUUACUAUUCAAUACACACUCUUCACAAUUCUGAGAAAGUGCGAAUAGCGAAUGGAGACAAUUUAGAGUCCAAUUCCAAAAACUCAUUUUCGAAACAUGGUGGAUCGAAAAAAUUGGGAUGGAUGAUUAAAUCAGGAGGAAAAUUGAAAGCAUCGUGGAAACAACGAUUUUUUGUGUUGCGAAACGAUAUGCUUUAUUAUUAUAAACCUAAAAAGGAGAGUGACACGAAUCAAAGUAGUAAUUCCAACCAUGUACAAGACAUGGUCAAUAUUUCCGAAUUGGAUGCAAAACUGCAGAAUAUGAUUGCUCAAGGAGUUGUCACAUUUUACAAUUCAACCAUUCAGUUUAAACAAAAUCCAGCAAAGAAAAAGAAGAAAGUUAAAAACGCUGAAGAUUUAUUGCAUGAAAUUGAAGAGUCGGGAACUUCACGAGAUCGAUCGAGAUCAGUAAGCUCGCUUCGACGCAGUACUGUCGAUAAGAGAUGGUCUCUAUCAUCCAUUUCGAAUGGUCAAUUUAUCAUUCCAGAAGAACCUUUCGACAAUGAUUUUCAAAAAACUUGGUUUGCCUUUGAAAUUCGAACACCUUCUCGAACCUAUACCAUUUAUGCCAAAACUCAAGAUGAUUGUGAUGAAUGGGUGUUAUUCUUAUUCGAAUCAAUCCUUAAUGUAAUGGGAGAGUUGUCACAUUUUGUGAAAAUUGGGCAUUCUGACUUUGACGAUGCCACUUCGACCGCUUCAGAUGACAUGAUCGAAAGUGGCGGUUCCUCACUCAAUGCUGACAGUGCUCGUAGUUUAUUGCCCUCUUGGAAAUCGAUGGACAAUAUUGAAGCUCAACCCAUUUCCAUCAUUUCCGAAACCAUUUUCGAUGAAAUUCAAAGAAGAAAGGAAGAUGAAAAAGUUGUUGCACUCUUGAAAAAGUCGAAAAAACGAGAAUCGAUCACAUUUAAAGGUUCCUACAGUGAAAAGUUUGCAUUCUUGGCUACUGAAAAUUCUCUUCAAGCAGAAUUGGUUCCAAUCAAAUUGUAUAUUUUACCUGGAAUUUAUACCGAGUGUCAAACAUUGGUCGUUUCUCAACCCUUAGAAAUUCAUGGAGCUAUUUUUGAAAAUUGCAUUAUUGAAAUGCAUUCAUCAAAAUUCUGUGAACCCAUGAUUCGAAUUAAUAGUGAAAAUGUUCGUUUCAGAAAAUUGAAACUUCGAAUUAUUUCCGAGUUGUCCAAUGAGCAAAUUGAAAUGAAAAACAGAUACAUGAACGGAAAGACCUCAUCGAAUGGAAAAUCGAGCAAUAAGGACUUUCGAAUUCCAUGUGCCAUUCAUGUCGAGAAUGGAAGUCUUUUUCUCGAUGAGUGUGAAAUUACCUUUGAAGAUUUUACGGACCCUGAAACGUUUGUAGAUAAUGAUUUACAAGGAGGAUCAUGUUGUAUUUUGGUGAGCAACAAUUCCACAUGUGUCACCUAUAACUGUUCUCUUUCCCGUGCACACUAUGGUGUUGUUACGAGCCAAAACGGAACGUGUGUUAGUUUUGGUGGUUCUAUCAAAUCCAAAAUUGCUCCAUUCAUGAACAAUGAUGAAACUUCGAGUUCAAGAAAUUAUCAUGUACAGGUAUCUUCAUGUAAAUAA